GAGCCCCACCAAUGCGCCCCAUGUGGGUCGAGUUCCCAGGGGAUGAGCAGACGUUUGACUUGGACAUGCAGUACAUGGUCGGAAACAGCCACCUCGUGGCGCCUGUUGGGGAUUCAGGAGCGACGGUAUUGUCGGUGUAUUUCCCUGCCGGCAUUUGGUAUGACGUCGUGGAUAAUUCGGCUGUGCAAGGCCCCGGCACCGCCUCCGUCAACGUGCCGCCUGAGAAGAUCCCCGUAUUCCAACGGGAAGGCAGCAUCGUGCCCCGGAAGGAGCGUGUACGACGCUCGUCAGCGCUCAUGCGAGAUGACCCCUACACGCUCAUCGUCGCGCUUGAUAAGGACGGCAACGCAGCUGGCGACCUCUACAUUGAUGACGAACACACCACGGGAUAUAAGAACAAUGAGUAUCUGUACAUACAGCUGAAGUUCAGCAAGAAUGAGCUGAGCAGCUCAGUGGUGGAGCCUCAAUCGCCCACCUACUCCACCAAGAGCUGGCUGGAGAGGGUUGUCGUGCUGGGCCUUGCUACGCCACCUACUAAAGUUACUCUAACGCUGAAAGGUGGUAAGGUCGUGUCCCUGGAAGGCUCGUACAGUGCAGCGCGGGACGGAGUGGCUAGUCGGCUCAUCAUCCGCAAGCCUGACAUCAACAUCGCUCAGACAUACACUAUUGCCCUGCACUAUUAA